CCCCUGGCGAGCUAAAUGCGAUUUUGAAGGUUGAAAGACCGUGCGUCCGCUAGCGCAUUUCGUAGAAGUAUCCCGCGGGUAGCAAUGGCUCGCCCCACUACGACCCGAACUUGAACUUUCAACCAUCAAACUCUCGAUUGAACGCGCUCACCAAAAGCCAUAACCUCACCUAUACCCCAAUUCGAGGAACAUCCGACCGACAUACCACAAUAUUGUUCAUUGCGAUAAGCCUUCUCAGCUAGAGCAUCAUGUCGAGCUCCCAAGCCACCCUUAGCGCGGUGAUAGACGAGCGCAAAGCGCGCCUCGCAAAGCUCAAGAACCUCAAGAGAAAACAACCUGCGGACGAGAUCGUUGCGCCAGAGUCAGAACGCGCAGCCUCGCCCCCGACUGAGCCAGACGUCACAAAACUGCACCUUUCCGGGCGCAACUACGACCCAGAAACGCGUGGUCCCAAGCUUGGCUUCGAGGCGCCCCCGACCCAAGACCUAGAGAAUCCCACACUCGAAGAGCUCGCGGCAGACAUUGAGGAGGAUGUGAAGCAGAAAGCAGCCGAAGACGCGCAGGACGACAAGGGUAUCGACUUGUUCAAGCUUCAACCGAAAAAGCCGAAUUGGGACCUGAAGAGAGACUUGGAGAAGAAGCUGGACAUUCUCAACGUUCGGACGGACAAUGCUAUUGCGAAGCUGGUGAGAGAACGCAUCACAGGGGCUCAGAAAGCGGCUACACAGACCAAACAAGUCGAUGCUGGGAGCAGGGAGGGCGACGCGGCUGGAAUUGAUGGUAUCGCAUUAGUGGAAGGAGUGCGCGUACGCGAGAGGGAAGAAGAGGACGAGAGACGAGAGAAUGCCGACGAGGAGGAUGAAGAUUUGGCUGUUUAAGCAGCAAACCCUGGCGC